AGAUAGCAUUCCUCUACCAGAUUAAUCAGCAUAAAAAAUCUCUUUUAUCGCUCAUCUAAUACUCCACUUAAGCGAGAGCUGUAAACCUUUUACUUGGUUAUAACAAUUUAUUAGCAGUUGGGCUUACAGGCUUCUUUUAGAAUCAAAUAUGGAUGACUACGAGAGUGUGUUGUGUGUGAAAAACGAAGUCUUUGUAUACAGAAUUCCUCCUAGAUCGUCUAAUAGAGGAUAUCGAGCAGCCGAGUGGGGUUUAGAUAAUCCAGAUUGGACAGGGAGAAUGCGGAUAAUCGCGAGAGGAAAAAAAGUAUUUAUAAAACUAGAAGAUAAGAGUACUACUGAGCUUUUUGCUGAGUGUCCAGUUGAAGAGUAUCCUGGUCCUUCAGUAGAACAAGUUCUGGACUCCAGUCGCUACUUUGUUAUUCGAAUCCAAGAUCCAUCUGGUAGAAAGGCAUUUAUUGGUAUAGGAUUUGCUGAUAGAGGGGACGCUUUUGAUUUAAAUGUAGCUUUGCAAGAUCAUUUUAAAUGGGCUAAAAGAGAAACAGAGUUGGAGCAGACAGGUGGGGCGUCAAAUUUUGAUCCUGGUCCUAAAUUGGAUUUAGGAUUUAAAGAAGGAGAAACUAUUAAGAUUAAUAUUCAAACAAAGAAGAACCAAGAAGGAGGAAGAAAACCAAGGGGAGUAAUGGGAGGUUCAACAGGAAUACUUCCACCUCCACCCAGUGGAGCAAAAAUAAGCGCUCCAUCAUCCAUAAGAAAUGCUAGCGCUGAGAAUACCAACUCCAGUCUACUUUUAGAUUUUGGCAAUAAUGCUUCUGCAAAGGCACCGCCAGCUUCCGAUUGGACGGAUUUUACGGGAGCCUCACAACAGCAACCACAGCAACAACAACAACAACAACAACCCGAUCAAGGGGCUAACACUAAGAACUGGGUACAAUUUUAG